AUGAUUAAUGCCUCUUCAUUUUUCUCCAUAGAUAAGGAUUAUUGGACACUCGUAUGCUCAAAAGGAAGAUUUUUUAUAGAAUUUGAAAUUGGCGGAAAGGCAAGGGAAAAAGAAUAUAUAGAUAGUGAAAGACGAUACGCAUCCAAACUAUACCAUUUGGUGCCUCAUAUUUUUGCAAAAUUGGAAAAAAUUGAAUUAGAUCAAAAUUUAUUCAUCAGAUAUGAGUAUUUUCCGGGUGGAGAUUUAUAUUCAUUAAUAAAGUCAGGUGAAACAAAGAACUUUUCAUUGGUACAAAAGCUCAAGAUUGGCUACGGUGUUGCUUUGUCAAUAAAAGUGUUGGAAGAUAAUUCACUUUUUCAUCCAUCCCUAACUGAUAAAUAUAUAUUUAUAGACGAAAACACUGAACCACAUAUUGUCAGCUAUACAUUCAUGCCAGAAGGAAAGCACCAUUCAAUAAGGGAUAAUAUAAUCGAAUUAGGAAAUAUCUUAGAAAAGCUAGGAAAUGAUAAAAAUGACAAAGUAACUUCAUUAUCAUACUUGUGUAAGUAUUCAAAUAUCUCAAUUGAUAUCAUUAUUAGCAAGAUUAUAAUGAUUGCGAAUGAGUUAAAUGAAACAGAAAAUGAAAUUUUCAAUAAAUACGUAAACACUGCAGAUACUAAUUCCAAUAUAAAACCACAUAAUUGCAUGACAGAUUUGUUAAAGGCAUAUAAAAAUGGAAUCUCACAUGCAAAUUCUAUUAUUGAACAAAUGAUAGACAUGGAAUACAUUACUUCAAACAAAAAAGAUUUAAUACAAAAUAUUUAA